CCGAGCGGAGGAGCCACGCCGAUCCAGGCGGCGGGACCCGGAGCACCCAUGCUGCAGACGCUGGCCUGGGGCUCGCUCUUCUUCCCGGGGCUCUUCGCGUUCAGCGUCUGGGCGCUGCGCCGCUUGCGGCCCGAAUGGACCUUCCUCGACUGCGUGAUCAUCGGCACCAGGCUGGUCUCCUCCGUGCAGGCUGUGCUGGCCACGGGGUCAGGGAUCAUCAUCAUCUGCUCCUGCCGCAACGUGGUCUCAGACAGGCACUGGCUGUCCCGAGAAUACGUCUGGUUUUUGAUUCCAUACAUGAUCUAUGACAUCUGUGCCAUGUACCUCUGUGAAUGGUGCCGAACCAGAGACCAGAACCUCAGGCGCACCAUCAUUUUUCGAAACUUCCUGAGUGAAAACCGCCUCAUGAUCACACAUCAUAUGGUCAUUCUGUUGAUCCUUGUGCCUGUUACACAGAAGCUCCGGGGAGAACUUGGGGACUUCUUUGUUGGCUGCAUUUUCACAGCAGAACUGAGCACGCCAUUUGUGUCACUGGGCAGAAUUCUGAUUCAGCUGAAACAGCAGCACACCUUUCUGUACAAGAUCAACGGGAUCUUCACGCUGGGCACCUUCUUCUGUUGUCGGAUCCUCCUCUUCCCCUUCAUGUACUGGUCGUAUGGCCAGCAGCAAGGACUGAGCCUGCUCAAAGUGCCGUUCAACAUUCCGCUGUCUUGCAACAUGGCCAAUGCCUUCCUCAUCGCUCCCCAGCUCUACUGGUUCUCUCUGCUGUGUAAGAAGGCAGCCCGGCUCUUUGACACUGCCAAAGCCAAGAGAGAUAGUUAAUUACUCCAGGCGGUGACUGGAUCGCCUCACACUAGCUGCCACAUAGACUCAGUAUUCCAAAUUGUGAGCCAAAUUAUGCCCUGGGUGACCUCAGCCUUUUGGGUGUUGAUAAGCAAAAGGAUUUGCGUGUUUUAUUUUAUUUUAUUUUUUUAAUAUUCCUAUUAUCUCCCUCUUCUAACUUGCCCCUUUUGCAAAAGCACUUGUGUCUUGGUAACAACUUUUGGAUUCUGUGAGACCACUGCAGCAAGGUAGUUUUAAUGCAAGGUCAAGAAUCCUUCCUUGGAUCUAUCUCAAGAGGCAGAAGCACGGAUACCUUACUUUCCAAUGCUCAGAGCAACAUCUGUAAUACUGGGUCAGCAGAGGCAAAUGAUGACUUGGUUCUUGAAAUAAUGUCGUCUUGCAACAUUGGCCUGAGAAAAUCAUUGUGGGUAUGUAAUUUUUAUUGUUUACUAGAUAGACCAUUAGCAGCUCUUGCCUUGUCCUGUCAUGUGUCUCGAGAAUGAAUUUCUCAUGUCUACUGACUUCCAGUCAGAAGGGCUCAAAGACAGCAGGCAGAAGGAAGGGCUGGGAACCUGGAGCACUUGAGGUUAGGAGGCCAACAGAGGCCACCACGUUUGCAAGCUUAGUGUGACGACCAAACAUUAUCCACCUCCUUUUUAGCACGACCUCUUGUGCACAAAUUUUUAUGUGCCUGCACAAAUAGGAUGCUCGUAAGAAACUCCUGAGACAAUCGAAAUGAUGGCUUCUGUAACUGUUUACUGUGGGAUCACAGUACAAACUGACACGGCCCUUUGAGUACCAAAGUGGAGACAGAUUUCGGCACUCUAAGCCAUGAGAGGUCUCAUCCAGACCAUGGAAUGCUUCUCCCAGAGCCAGGCUCAUUGGUAUGUUGAAUGUACUGCCAUUUGGCCACGGAAGGUUAAAACAGCUAGGGUGGCCAAAUCAUGUCCUCAUGUGGAUCAACGCCUUCUCCUGUUUGUAAAUAGGAUGUGGUGCCAACACUAAUCUCUGAACUAGAAUGGGUUGGAGAGGACCCUACUACCAUGACUUUUCAAGUGGUAGUAGAAAACUAGAAUUUUUAAAGUGCCUUAUAAUUCACUGUCCAUGAACUUCUAAAGGACUGAAUAAUCAUGUCUCAAAUUUUGACUUUCAGUCUUUAAUAGGUGCCAUUUAAAAAAAUGUAUUUUUUUUUUUUUUUUACUGUUUUGUGUACUGUUGAUGCAUCUAUAUGGUGAUUAAAUUGCACUAAUUUUCCAACUUA